AUGGGGAGCCCUGCGAGUGGUUACACAUCAUUUUGGAACGACUGUAUAUCAUCUGGAUUACGAGGCUGUAUGUUAAUUGAAUUAGCCUUGAGAGGAAGGUUACAACUAGAGGCGUGUGGAAUGAGACGGAAAAGUCUGUUAACAAGAAAGGUGAUCUGUAAGUCAGAUGCUCCGACAGGGGAUGUUCUUCUUGAUGAAGCUCUAAAGCAUGUUAAGGAGACUCAGCCUCCAGAAACGGUGCAGAACUGGAUUGAAUUACUUAGCGGUGAGACAUGGAAUCCAUUAAAACUACAUUAUCAAUUAAGAAAUGUCCGGGAACGAUUAGCUAAAAACCUGGUGGAAAAGGGUGUAUUGACGACAGAGAAACAGAACUUCCUACUUUUUGACAUGACGACACAUCCCCUCACCAACAACAACAUUAAGCAGCGCCUCAUCAAAAAGGUGCAGGAAGCGGUUCUCGACAAGUGGGUGAACGACCCUCACCGCAUGGACAAGCGCUUGCUGGCCCUCAUCUACCUAGCCCACGCCUCCGAUGUGCUGGAGAACGCUUUCGCCCCGCUUCUGGACGAGCAGUAUGAUUUGGCCACCAAGAGAGUGCGGCAGCUUCUGGAUUCAGACCCUGAGGUGGAGUGUCUCAAGGCCAACACCAACGAGGUCCUGUGGGCCGUGGUGGCCGCCUUCACCAAGUGACUGCUCGGAGGGACGCCUUCCCCUUCUCGCGUGGAAAUCAGCUGUUUCUCUUCCCUUGGCUUUGGUUUUCCGUACUUUGUGCUUUCCCACACUGGAAUCGGCUUUUGUUUUAUGAAAAUGGUGGGUGGCUUUUUUCCCUCCUUUUGUAUAUGUGCAGGAUUCUGCUGGUACGAGAGGCCUUCUGUGUCUAUUUUUUAACACAAAAAAUCCCUGCCAUAUCGGCAUUCCAUCCCCUCUCGGCAUUCUCACUGUCGCCUGCUUUGUUUUCUGGUGCACUUUGACCUGCAAAAUGCCUCCAGACUCCUCCUGUGCACAUCUUUUGGAUUACCUCAGCCAGAAUCCUUUCACCGUACCCCGUGUGCAUGUACAGCGAGCAUUCUGUGUACAAUUCAGACAAGUCACAUAAAGGCCUUUAACUCACCAAAGGUAAACAUCUGUAUUUAUUAGGACAUUUUAUACAUAGACCGCAGUUGAGAUGUAUACUUAGCAAAAUUAUUUUUAAAUUGAACAGCACAGUAAAUACUUACUAUAAAAUGCCCCUUGGCUUCGGCUUCCCACGUGAAUCUGUUGUACUGUUAUUACUCUUGUUAUAAUUCUGACUGUUCAGUCAGAAAGGUCCAGUUGUUUCAGAGCCACUGGGGAUGGGCUGCAUUUUAGCCAUUCUCUGUGUGUGUGUGUGUAUGCAUGCAUACAUACAUACAUACAUAUAUAUGGUUUGGAUUCUAUAUCAGUUGCCCCUCCUUCUGGCCCUUCCUUGCCCCCAGCCUACUAUUUUGCAGGAUUUAAUUAGUUGUACACCUGGUGCCCCUCACUUGUUUCUGCCACCGUCACGGACUGGCAGAGAGCCCUCUCGUUGCUGUCGAAGGAACAAGGAAAGAAAGGUGUGUGUCCUUGGACCCGGAGCCCCGGAGCUGUGCCAUGGGUGGGCUUCCUGGCCUGUGUAUCACCUUCUUGGACUUUUUAAUUUCUGAAACCAUUUCUGUAGGGAACAGGCUGUGCCCAGUACUAAUCUUCAUCUUGAGUGCAGGGUUUUUUGUUUUCCCCUUUUCUGCCCACAAGUAAAGUAAUGUCUACUUUCAAAUGUCAUUUAGCUACUCACGCUUUCUUUGGGGGGGAAAAAUUUAAAUGUCAGUUCUAGCAGAUGUUGCAUGUAAAUUGUUAGCAAGUCAUGACUACAACUCAGAUGAUUUAAGAUUUUUGUAACAGAACGCUCUUCGAUGUUUUAAUUUUUAUAUCCAAUUAUGAUAAUUAUCACCUUGUAAGAAUAUAAACCUUUGCUUUUUAAAGUUAUUUUUACGAUUUCCUUAUCACUGUUUAUCAUACCACCAUUGCUUUCAUACUGUAAAUACGAUACAUGGAACAAAUUAAAUGUCAAAUUUUUUAUUACCACAGUUCAUGUUAAUAGUGGGACUUUCAGGUGUUUAGAGAUUUUUUGGUUAGCCUUCAAUGCAAAAGUACUAGAUGGUGUCUAACUCUAGAGUUGAAUUUUAAGCGAUUCCCUCCUAUGUAUACUAUCUUUUUAUCAGAAGUAAUAAACCAUGAUCUUGAAAGUGCCUGAAUCAGA